AUGUGUCUCUAUGUAGAUGAUAUUAUAUUUACAAGAAAUGAUGAGCUUAUGUUUGCUAAGUUUAAGAAAUCCAUGAUGUUUGAGUUUGAUAUGACUAAUCUUGGAAGAAUGAGAUACUUUCUUGGCAUCGAGGUGAUGCAAAGAUUAGAUGGCAUCUUUAUUAGUCAAAAGAAAUAUGCAAAGGAGGUAUUGGAGAGGUUCAGCAUGGACAAGGCCAAUCCAAUUCACAACCCUAUGGUUCUUGGAUUCAAGCUUACAAAAAAUGUAGAUGGAGUGAGGAUAGACAAUACUUUCUAUAAGCAGAUUGUGAGAAGUCUUAUGUAUUUGACUAUCACUCGACCAGAUGUUCUGUUUUUGGUGAGUCUGAUCAAUAGAUUCAUGGAUUGCCCUACAAAACUUCAUUUUCAAGUUGCAAAGAGGAUACUAAGGUACUUGAAAGGUACCAUUGAUUUUGGUGUUUUACAAGAAAAAAAGGAAGUGAGGAACUAA